AUGUAUCUCAGCAUUAGGAAAAACAGUACCUGUGCUGCAUACCUACGUGGAUUUGAGACCUCAGGAAGGAUGCAACUGUGCUGUGAAUCCGUAAAUGGCUCUUGCAUAAGGAGCAGCUGGUCAAACAGUAUCCGUGUUUCCAUGUAUAUCUUCAUGGUUUGCAUUAUUCUGGCCACAGUGGUUGGAAAUUUGACAGUUAUCAUCUCAAUAUCACAUUUCAAGCAGCUCCAUACGCCUACCAAUUUCCUGAUACUUUCUAUGGCUACAGUAGACUUUCUGCUGGGAUUCCUCAUCAUGCCUUGCAGCAUGGUGCGCUCUGUUGAGCACUGCUGGUAUUUUGGGGAGCUCUUCUGCAAGAUCCACACGAGCACGGACAUUAUGCUGAGCACAGCUUCCAUCUUCCAUCUUUCCUUCAUAUCCAUCGACCGUUACUAUGCUGUAUGUGACCCUCUAAGAUACAAAGCAAAGAUAAAUACUUUUGUUAUCCUGGUCAUGAUAUUUGUAAGUUGGAUGGUCCCUGCUGCUUUUGCUUUUGGGAUGAUCUUUCUAGACCUAAACUUGCGAGGGGCAGAAGAGAUUUAUAAUCAUGUCCAUUGUGCAGGAGGAUGCUUUGUCAUUUUUAGCGAAACUUCAGGUGUUGUGGCCUCCAUAGUGUCUUUUUACAUCCCUGGAUUUGUUAUGCUGUACAUUUAUAGGAAAAUAUACUCUGUAGCCAAGAGGCAGGCAAGAUCCAUUGAUGCAAUUAGCCAAAAACAGAUGCGAUUUGAAAUGAAGCACCACAUUUCAUUCUGCAGAGAAAGGAAAGCUGCCAAGACAUUAGGCAUAAUAAUGGGAGUGUUUCUCAUCUGCUGGAGUCCAUUCUUCUUCUUUACAGCAACCAAUCCAUUUAUGAAUUAUGUGAUACCUCCUACUCUCAUUGAUGCUUUGGUUUGGUUUGGUUAUUUAAAUUCUACAUUUAACCCAAUUGUUUAUGCAUUUUUUUACAUGUGGUUUCGCAGGGCAUUAAAGAUGAUUCUGUUUGGAAAAGUUUUUCAACAGGACUCUUCCAGGACUCAUUUGUUUUUAGAGUAA